CACUGCAAAUUCUUACCAUUCCGUGAGUGCGUUGUUCUUGUGAAUUGUAAAGUGAGAAAAAAUAGAAAGAGUUGAUUUGUUCGAUUAGAUAUAGUUAGAAUUUAGCUAUGUUGGGUGUGUUUAGCAGCUCCAUCGUGUCACCGCCGGACGAGCUAGUCGCCGCCGGCAGCCGAACACCGUCGCCGAAGACGACGGCAGGGGCGCUGCUGAAGCGGUUUGUAGAGAGCAACGCGUCGGCGGUGUCGGUGGAGAUCGGGGAGAACGUUCAGCUGGCAUAUUCCCACCGCAACGAGUCACCGUGGCAACCCAGAUCAUUUGCUGUUAAGGAUGAGAUAUUCUGCAUUUUUGAGGGAGCACUUGACAAUUUGGGCAGCUUGAGACAACAGUAUGGACUAGCCAAGUCAGCCAAUGAAGUGCUUUUGGUCAUUGAAGCUUACAAAGCUUUACGUGACAGAGCACCUUACCCUGCUAAUCAUGUUGUUGGUCAUCUUAGUGGGAGUUUUGCUUUCAUAGUUUUUGACAAAUCCACUUCAACCCUCUUUGUGGCCUCUGACCAAUUUGGUAAGGUUCCUCUGUAUUGGGGAAUAACUGCUGAUGGCUAUGUAGCAUUUGCUGAUGAUGCAGAAUUGCUUAAAAGUGCUUGUGGAAAGUCACUUGCUUCUUUCCCUCAAGGAUGUUUCUACUCUACAGCUGUUGGAGGCUUGAUGUGUUAUGAGAAUCCUAAAAGUAAGAUUACUGCUGUACCUUGUAAUGAAGAGGAAAUCUGGGGUGCAACCUUCAAGGUAACAAAAUGAAAUCAAUAUAAACACAAUUGCAACUGGUUGAAGGGCAAGCAGUUCUCGCAGCCAGAGAAUAGAACUUUUUAUGAGUUAUGAUGCGUUACUGGAGUUUAUGAGGUUGUAACCGGUGAGGGAUGCAUGAGGGGCAAUGUAAUUAAAUAGCUUUGUGUGUCAGUCAUAACUGGAGGGAGGGAAGCAAAGUGGAAGAGGUGGUGUGUGUACCCUUGUUCAUUAGAUACAUAGAUUUGAGAAUUUACCGUUUCUAUCUAUGUAUGUACAGUGAUGUUUUUCAAUUUAAUAAGUCUGGUUUUGGAUC